GCUGUAAUCGCAGCAAAAGGUGGCGCUACAAAGUAUUAACUUAAGGGGGCUGAAUAAUUUUGCACGCCCAAUUUUUCAGUUUUUGAUUUGUUAAAAAAGUUUGAAAUAUCCAAUAAAUGUCGUUCCACUUCAUGAUUGUGUCCCACUUGUUGUUGAUUCUUCACAAAAAAUACAGUUUUAUAUCCUUAUGUUUGAAGCCUGAAAUGUGUCAAAAGGUCGCAAAGUUCAAGGGGGCCGAAUACUUUCGCAAGGCACUGUAUGUUUUACCAUUAUGAUAACAUUCUGCCACCAGUAGCCGUAGUAACACAAAUGAUGGUAACACCAAUGAGAAAUUGUAGGUAAAAGGAGGAUUUUCUGAAAUGCUGGACAGUAGCAGUAGAAACACAAAUGAUGGUAACACGAAUGAGAAAUUGUAGGUAAAAGGAGGAUAUUCUGAAAUGCUGGACAGUAGCCGUAGUAACACAAAUGAUGGUAACACGAAUGAGAAACUGUAGGGAAAAGGAGGAUUUUCUGAAAUGCUGGACAGUAGCCGUAGUAACACAAAUGAUGGUAACACCAAUGAGACAUUUUAGGUAAAACAAUUUCUGAAAUGCUGGACACAAAUGCUGAAAUCUAAGGUCAUCAAUCAUGAAAAAGGUGUUUACUGAAGUGAUAUGAUUAAUAAUUUUACUCACAGUAUUAUUUCCCUUCAAUUAAUUUGACAAACACCAAAUGACAGUUUGGAUGUAGGCACACCGAAUUAUCAAUGGAAUCCACAAUUAAUGAAAUACGAAAAGGGUUUGAUUAGCUAAUAAUUGUCUUGAAUCUAGACCCCUCCACCGAUAACAUUUUGCCACUGGAGAGAAUGCUCAAGGUCCUUGAAUAUAUUUGGAAUCAGUGAUUUUUAAAGCAGUAACAACAAUUAAAUAAAACUGAGGUAAAAACCGGUAUUUUAAUAGCUUUCCAUGUUUUUAUUGAUCCUUAAUAUAUUAUAAAUACAUUUUUUCACUUUCUAGCAUUCAAAAUAGUAGAUAUCUCAAAAUAGUAUAUAUCUCUAAAUCCCAGAAACACACCUCUACAAAUUACCAGUGAAUCAAGACGAUUUGCUAGUGCCCAGUCGUUUCUAGUUCAUAAAAAAAUAUGUUUUGCUGUAUAAAGGACACAUGUGUUUUCAUAUUAAAUAACGGUUAAAUGGGAAAUGUAUUAUUUUUCAUGUUUUUGUUUUUUGUGUGUUUUUCUUUACAUGUCAAGGGACAGCAUUUACUGCCACAAUUCAAUAAUGACUCAACAGAUUCACACAGUCAGUGAUCAUGAGACAGACAGGGACAGAAACGUUUGAAGUUAUGUAACUAUUGACACGUCGGGGAAGGGAUGAGGUUCUAUGGAUGACUGCUAAACAAAUACCCUGGAAAACAACCACACACACACACACACACACACACACACACACACACACACACACACACACACACACACACACACACACACACACACACACACACACACACACACACCACCACACCACACCACACCACACACAUGUGGCAGAAGAAUCAGAAUUAGUUGUGUAACAUAGAUCAUUAAGAUGUCUUAUCUGCAUAAUAUUCUUAUAUGAUAUACUUAUUAGAAUGUAACCCUUCAGACUCUGGUGUUGACAGUUGUACUUCCUCCCUCAGUUGGGGCUCAGUCACCUGGGGCCCAGAGAGGGGAGAGGUCAGGCUUGUCUUUCACAUGUCCCUGUUGCCAUGCAGAAUAUCAGAAAGAGAAGAGGACAGGAGGGAUUCUCUUCAUAUGUGAAUGUGUCUUUACCUAUUCUAAACCAUGUGAAUGUGUCUUUACCUAUUCUAAACCAUGUGAAUGUGUCUUUACCUAUUCUAAACCAUGUGAAUGUGUUUUUACCUAUUCAUAAACCAUGUGAAUGUGUCUUUACCUAUUCUAAACCAUGUGAAUGUGUCUUUACCUAUUCUAAACCAUGUGAAUGUGUCUUUACCUAUUCUGAACCAUGUGAAUGUGUCUUUACCUAUUCUAAACCAUGUGAAUGUGUUUUUACCUAUUCAUAAACCAUGUGAAUGUGUCUUUACCUAUUCUAAACCAUGUGAAUGUGUCUUUCCCUAUUCUAAACCAUGUGAAUGUGUCUUUACCUAUUCUAAACCAUGUGAAUGUGUCUUUACCUAUUCAUAAACCAUGUGAAUGUGUCUUUACCUAUUCUAAACCAUGUGAAUGUGUCUUUACCUAUUCUAAACCAUGUGAAUGUGUUUUUACCUAUUCAUAAACCAUGUGAAUGUGUCUUUACCUAUUCUAAACCAUGUGAAUGUGUCUUUACCUAUUCUAAACCAUGUGAAUGUGUUUUUACCUAUUCAUAAACCAUGUGAAUGUGUCUUUACCUAUUCUAAACCAUGUGAAUGUGUCUUUCCCUAUUCUAAACCAUGUGAAUGUGUCUUUACCUAUUCUAAACCAUGUGAAUGUGUCUUUACCUAUUCUAAACCAUGUGAAGGGAUGGCGUGAUUAAUGGGGAACCAAUUACUUGUCUCUACAAUGUCUGUGUGCUUGGGGGAGAUAAGGUCUGAGAAAAGAUGUGUGUGGUAGUGUCUGGAACCAUUGUAUGUCAUCUCUGAUGUUGCACCUAUCCUGGUGUAGUGUAUGACCUAGAGGCUCACUCCCUCAGUCAGCUUGUCCAGGCGUGUGGGCAAGAAGGGGUUUUACUUGAGAUGGGAGUAUCUGGAGUUGACAAUCGAUCUAUGCCAUAGAAUGAGUUGGUGUUUCUGUGCUAUGAAGUACCAGGAACGAGAUCGGAGCCACGUCUAAGGGGCCAAACUGAACAAUUAGAACAGUGUUCAUAGCAAAUGCUAUCUGGCUGCGGGAUACUCCUUUCUCAUAUAUCAAGUCUCACCUUGUGAGCCAUUCCACACAUCUGUUGAUUGUCAUGUAGACUGAGGGGUAGAUCUUUGCUAUAAAAUAUUUUUGUAGCCUUUGUGUCGGGUCUCUCAACGAAUCAUCCAAGGGUGGUUCGGCGACCAGCCAUCGCUAUUGCAGAGCUCUCACUAAUAAAGAUUCAGUUCAAGUAUAACUAUCACUUGUGUGAUAAGCUUGUCUCUCCUCAUUUGAUAAUACAUAAAUUAACCACCACACACACAAAUGUAAACACACAUGGGGUGGUGGGCUACGGACCACUGCUAACCAAAUACACCUCACCUUACCCUCCCCAUGUUUGGCUAAUAGAAGGUUGUGUUCAUAAGGCACCAAACGGAAGAAAACAGAUUACAACAAGGAGUGAGGGACUAUCUGAUCUUAUCCAAUAACAAACCCACAUUUUUGUUUUCCGUUGAAAAGUUGCUACAUUUUUUCUGCUGUGUGCCCUAAUGAACAUGACCCAGGUUUGCAUGUUUGCCAGACAGAGAGAGAGAGAGAGAGAGAGAGAGAGAGAGAGAAAAGAGAGUAAGAAGAAUCCAUCACACACACUGAGACGGAGGAGAGCAGCGAGGGAUUCAGCAAAGGACAAGAUAGCCCUGUCAAUACAGAUCCAUGGAGUGGAGUAGGAGAGCUAUCCCUGUCUCUGGGAUCUUCCUACUCUUUUGGAGGGUCACCAUGCAGAUAGACAAUGUGGCAUUGAGAGGAGUGGCUGCUCAGUCUUCCCUUUUUCAUUGGGAAAAUAGUCCAAGUAAAGUCAUCGAUGGAAACCGCAACACUAACUAUAACUAUGGUGGAUCCUGCAGCAGCACUGCAUUUAACACCAACCCUUGGUGGAGAGUGGACCUGCUGGAUGUGUACAGAGUGACAGCUGUCAGCAUCACCAACAGAGGAGACUGCUGUCCUGAGAGACUUGAUGGUGCUGAGAUCCAUAUUGGUAACUCACUGGAGAACAACGGCAUCAACAACCCCAGAUGUGUUGUCAUCCACCACAUCCCAGCAGGAGAGACCUACACCUUCCAGUGUAAUGAGAUGGAGGGUCACUAUGUUGUUGUGGUCAUCCCUGGACAGAACAAGAUUCUCACUCUGUGUGAGGUGGAAAUAUUUGCCACAGUCAAACCUCCAGCCCCAAAGUCAAAGAGAACGGUGGUGAGGAUGAAGAUCCAAUCAGAUGCUGAUCUGACGGACCAGGCAGUCGGUGACCAGCUCCUACAGCAGCUGAAUGUAGAGCUCGUGAAGCAGGGGGUGUCUGACUUUCAACUGCGCUGGAGGACUCAGCCAGAUGGACAGAUUUUCCACCGUGAGGAAGAAGAGAAGGAGGGUGGACCCACACAGACAGGUGUCUGUGGACCUGAAGGGGGCUAGCCUGGUGAGAGACUCUAAGGAGACACAAUAGUUUUAGGAUUGGACUGCCUUGACGACAUAAUCUAUCUACCAUAAAACUUAAAUUAAAUCCAAAAUUUCAAAUAGCUGCCUGUCCCUUCUAAUAGCCAAUCCAGCAAAUAAACGCCUGUUUCAAAGAAACACGGGGUCUAAAUGAAUUGUUUACAAGGUUACCAUGAAUUACUGAAAGAUAUGAAAUGGCAAGAACAAAAGCAUCAACAACUUUGGGAGUACAGACCCCCAGAAAUUGGCACCCCCAGUAAGAACGGACAAAAACACAGUAAAAGAUGUGAAUAAUGUUUCUGUCAAGGAUUGUUUUUUUAUAGAGGCAAGCUGAGACAAAAGAAAUGUGACACAGUGUGUAAACGAUAACACAUUAGUGUAGGAAAUUGAUUAAAAGGCUGGAAUUUAACAACUAACUAUGCAAAUGUGUAAACCUGUGUGCAUUAAGGAAAUAGAUUCCUGGCUCAAAUAGAAGCAUUUAUCUAAUAUGCGGCUGUUGUGUUCAGUGAUUUAAGCAAAUAAAUGCCGGGGCGAUAAAUUGAAGUUGUCCUGUAUUUAAAUUAAUGUAUAAACAACAUUAUUCCUUUCAACAUGUAUAAGUUAAUAUGCAGUUUGGUUCAUUUUUAUUUCAAAUAAUGAACAUGGUUUAGUCAAGUUUAUUAUUGCAAGCCUGCAUUCUAUUGACUUACCAAUGAGUUAGCCAGCCAGCUUUGAUAAACAACCAAAAUAAAGACUGAUUUUCAGGUACAUUAUGCUUUUGGUUGAGACCUUUGCCUAUUUCAAGCUUAUCUUUCUACAAUAUAUAGUUAUUUUAGAAUAUUUAGGCAUGUUUGUGGCUAACGCAUUGAUUCUGCUUGGCAGUAUACCCAAUCUAGUCUUUUCUAAAUAGAAGCUUAGCUUUAGGUGUUUUAAUUUAAUUGUGCAGAAACCAUACAAAUGUGUGACAGAAAUGCUCUACACAUUUAUGUACUCCCCUGUUAAAACAUUGAGACAGAGUUGGGAAAUAAUAUAAG